CCCCGUUUAAACCCGCACCGUCGUCUUCCCUCUUGGCCGCGGCGCCCAUCUCCUGCAGCAGCAGGCCAGCACCAGCACGCGCUUCGGUACUCCACAGUGGUUCCAAGUUGCAGCCAUUGACGCUCGAGCGCGAGGCGCAAAGAUGAGCGGCGGCGGUGAAGGAGGAGGAGGGGAUGGCUCGAGGGCGCUGGACCAGACGCCGACGUGGGCCGUGGCGGCCGUCUGCGCCGUCAUCGUCGCCGCUUCCAUCCUCCUCGAGGGCCUCCUCCACCACCUCGGCCAGUGGUUCAGCAAGAGGAGGAAGAAGGCGCUGUUCGACGCUCUGGAGAAGGUCAAAUCCGAGCUGAUGACGCUGGGGUUCAUAUCGUUGCUGCUCAGUGUCACGGGGAGAUACAUAUCGCGCAUCUGCAUUCCGGUGGGCGCCGCGGACACCAUGCUGCCCUGCAGUCUCCGGAGGAGUUCAGAGCAUGAGCAGCCCGGUGUUGGCCCUGGCCGGCGGCACCUAUCUGGAGAUCCAACCAAUUUUAAGUGCGCCAAAGGUAUGGUGUCCCUUGUUUCAGCUGAUGGGCUUCACCAGCUGCACAUCUUCGUGUUCUUCUUGGCCGUCUUUCAUGUAGCAUUCAGUGCUAUUACGAUGUCCCUGGGUAGAGCAAAGGCACGUAUAUGGAAGGAGUGGGAGAAGGAGACUUGCUCCCUUACCUAUGAGUUUUCAUAUGAUCCCUCAAAGUUCAGGCUUACCCAUCAAACAUCUUUUGUGAGACAACAUGCAAGCUGUUGGAGCAGAAGCACUGUUCUGCUCUAUUUUGUGAGCUUCUUUAGGCAGUUUUUCAGAUCUGUUAGAAGGACAGACUACCUAACUUUGCGGCAUGGAUUCAUUGCUGCUCAUUUAUCUCCAGGAACUAGGUUCAAUUUUCGAAAGUACAUCAAAAGAUCACUGGAGGAUGAUUUCAAAACAGUUGUUGGCAUUAGUGCACCCUUAUGGGCUUCUGCGUUGGCUGUCAUGCUCUUCAAUGUUCAUGGAUGGCACAACUUGUUCUGGUUCUCUACAAUCCCCCUUGUAGUGACUUUAGCAGUUGGAACAAAGCUGCAGGCUAUAAUUGCAAUUAUGGCUGUUGAAAUUAAAGAGAGGCAUACAGUAAUUCAAGGAAUGCCAGUGGUGAAACUCAGUGAUGAAUAUUUUUGGUUCGGGAAGCCUCGUCUAGUUCUUCAUCUUAUCCAUUUCGCAUCAUUCCAGAAUGCAUUUGAAAUUACAUAUUUCUUUUGGAUUUGGUACGAAUUUGGGUUGAGGUCCUGCUUCCAUGACAACUUUGAGCUUAUCAUUGCCAGAGUCUGCCUUGGCGUCGUCGUCCAAUUUAUGUGCAGCUAUAUCACACUUCCACUCUAUGCCCUCGUAUCUCAGAUGGGAUCGCAGAUGAAGAGGACGAUCUUCGACGAGCAGACGGCGAAGGCCCUGAAGAAAUGGCACAAGGCAGUGGUGAAGAAGAAGCAGCAGCAGAAGGGGUCGUCCCACGAGCCUGCUUCAGAGACGCCGAGACCGAGCACGGCGACGACGACGACGACGGAGGCGGCGAGCCAGUGCGACUGCGACGCCGCCGUGGCCGUGCCGUUGCGUCACCUCCACCGGUACAAGACCAUCGCCCACGUCGGCGCGACGGGGUCGCUGUCCGACUCGGACUGCUCGGACACGGACAUGGCGGCGUCCUCGUCGCCGACGAGGCACCUGAUACCGCCCACCAAGCAGCGGAGCCUCGACGCCGGGCGCGAGGAGGUGCGCGCGGACGUCGGCGCCACGCCGGAGCGCCAUGACAGCUUCUCCUUCCCGAGGUUGGCUGCUCAGAAUGUGCAUCCGAAAUGACCAAACCAUCGCCAUGCUAAGUGCAGUGCUAGCUAACCGUCAGUAGUAUUAGUAGUAAGUAGCAACUAUACCUGUAAUUUGUGUUAACCUGCUAAAGAGUGAUCUUUCUUUGAUGCCAAGUUGAUUUUUCGCUUUUUUUCAUCCAAAAAGUUUAGCAUGGUAGAAAUGAGAGAAAUCGAUGAUACGAGACUUCGCUUAGACGGGAUGAAUUGCUUACAUGUCUACACCUGCAAAGCAAGUAAUGAUAAGUAGAGUGAAAGUACGUACCGACCUGUUAGGUUUUUCUGGCGUUAUUUUAGUCAUGUCGUU